UGUGACACCCUGAGGUACAGCAACUAUACAGUGUUCUCUACAGUGUCACCCUCUCCUUUACUGCGCACAUCUCUAUAUAUAAAAAAAUACGCAAGCUUUGAUAUCAGAAACCUAUAAGUAAUUACAAACACUGCGUUAACAUAUGUGCAACUACGAUUAGUAAAUACGGGCGGAAAAUAAAUGAAACUCUUGAAAGUGCGAAGUGGCAGCUCUCCAUCCCGCGCGCGGCCAAGUGCCGAGGUAACCUAAACGCGACACUCGCAUCUCACCUGCCAGUUUAGAGUCGACCGCCGACCAGCGGCGUCCCUCCGACAAGCUUCUACAACUCACCAACUUUGUGAGGGAUUUGUGGACUCUUAACUCGUGGCUUCUACAUCUUCCCCACUUUCUUUGAUAUUCCUUGCGCACCUUGAGUGAAGUCGAAUAGAAACAAAAUUUUUAGUUACUUGCAGAGUGAAUUUGGUCGCAUUGCUUGUGGCUAAAUGAAUAUUGUCGAUCCAUUUAUGAUCAAGAAGUGUUAAUUUGUAUUACAAUCCAAUAGGGAAACUCACAUAGACGUGAUCUUUUCCAAUUAAUGGUGGUUUGAAGAAAAUUCAAAACUCUCACCUUGUAACUCAUCACAAUGUCGCCCGUGCCUCAACGCGACGCGUGGACGGGCAGCGACGAGACCAGCGGGGAGACAGAAUUAGCAGUGUCUCCUGUUCCAGAAGUCUUCCUCUCGCACCUGCCACAACACUUCCAGGAUCCAGACAGCCCUAACCUACACAUGCUGCAGCACCACGACAGAAGCAGAAGCACACAAAAACCCACAGUGAGAAGUCAGACUACAAGAUCGACUCUCAGAGCAUUUAGGUUACCUACUGGAACCCCUGUCAACGACCAGAAAACUGGAGUUCUUCGUCCCAUCAAAGUUACGACGUUAGAGGAUGUAAUGCAGGAUGACAGCAGGAACACUGACACCACACACCUCAGUCCACAACAGACUGGUGCUACACCGAAGGAAUCCACAAAUCCUUCCACAACAUCUUUGCCUCCCAGAGCAGGUCCCAGAAUCCCUGACACUCUCCGCCCCCCACCUCCUAUGCAUCCUGUGGGCAACACGAGAGACAACGUGGAUAGGGGCUCCUUCCACCCAGUGAGAAGUGAAGGGCAGGAUGUUCGGGUGAGCACUCGCAGCCACGGAGAGUGGCGAGGGAUAGAAAACCACGAAGCCACCAACAUCUACCACCACAGUCACAAGUAAAAGGCUUGACCCAGGUUUUCUAAAGCUCCCGGGUCACGAACCCGAAGCCCCCCGCCGACCUGGUCCUCGUCCAUCAUGACAGAGCCAUUGACACCCGCAACCAAACCGGCUUAAAUGGAAUAUUUGUCAAAGAUGAAACCACCGAUAUUACGCCAGAAGCUGCCACGGCGCUUAUUCUGGUGGGUAUCUGCGUCGUGUUCCUCGUCUUCAUCUGCUUCAUCCUCUUCGUCCAAAAGAUCCGUCGUCAGAAGCUGGAGAGGAAGGUGGAACAAUCUGGUGGCGAGCCUGUCAAGCCCCAGACGACCUACGAGGCUACAAGUUCCACGUUGCACCCUCACCCCCUAUCACUGCUGCCCCCGGCCCUUCUGCAUGCCCUUGCUCUCGCCACUGCCAACCGGGAAAACGAUCCUGCCUUCGCUUCUUUUUUCACCAUGGAGCCGCCCUCCAAGAACAGCAACAGUGUGGGGCGUCUGUGGUUCUGCGUCUACUACGAUUACGUGCAGUCUAACCUGGUGCUUCGUGUGCUGCAUGCUAGGUACACUAAGGGUCGUGGAUCAAGCACCAAUCCAGGAGAGGUGUGGGUGGAAGCGUGCGUGCUCACCCCUAUGAACAAUAUAAAGGCGUCCUCUAAGACUGGCACCCGCCGGGCUUCCUCAGCACCGGUCUUCAAUCAAACAUUUAGGUUUGAGGUCGAGGACGACGAGGUCACGCAAUACCUGCUUCGGCUGACCAUGUACGAUCGCCACCCGCAGAACGGAGAGAAGGCUGUAGGUGCCGUCAUCGUGCCGCUGAAUGCUGUGGACCUCUGUUCUGAUGCCACGCUGUCCAGAGACCUACAGUGAUCCUCGCGAAAUAUAAUACGUUAACUUUAUAUGUCCGUUACACAACGUAGGUGUGAGGUCUGCUGCCAUACGGCGGGUCUCCCACGAGGCCUCAGCCACCCGACACUACCUGCGGCAUUUGAUCCUACUGAUCCGCACCACAAUGCAUUUCUGGGACGCGUGUGCCCAUGACAUUAAUUUAAAAAUGCGGAAAGAGGCUUCGGGGACCUGAAUGAACUUGGAGACAACUUUGUUAACACAUGUGAUGCUGUAAUGUGUGACACAGGUACAGAACAGGUGCCCCUCUCGCCCCUGUGUUGUCUUUCACUUAAUGUAACAGUGGAUAAGUAUUUUAUACUAGUCUUCUAGAAGAUCAGAUAACCUCGUACCUGGUUCCUGAUUACAUUGUAAGCAUGUUAAGAGACCACAGCAGGAGUAAAAUGAUACUGUGCAAUAUUGUCUAACUUCUUCACUAUUCAUUAGUUAAUUGUAUUGUAAAUAUGUGAGCAAGCCCCUGCAAGCGUUAAGACAAGCUUGCUUUCAUACAGACCCAAAGAGUUCAGAAGUUCCCAUAGAAUAUAAUACAAUACACACACACACACACACACACACACACACACACACACACACACAC